CAAAAAAAAAAAUCACGAUCGUAUGUAUCGUACAUAUAAAACCUCUGAAACACGAAAACCUCUGAAAUUUCAACCUUGUUUUUCGAUGUUCUUCCAGUUAAGUUAUACUGAAAUGAUACAUCCAGUACUCUUAUUGAACGAGAUAGUAACAGCUUGACUUGAUUUGUUGAAUCGACUAAAUCGAUAUGUAGGAACCAAUCGCGUUUAUGUGACUACUGCUCACCUGCGAUGGACAGUCGCGGUAUCGAAUGCACCCAUUCUUGCGGUUCCCGCGAAGAUUCAUAUAACCUCUCUUUUUCUCUUUACGCCAGUGUUCCACACCCUUGUCGUUAGGUUAACGACGUUUUGUGUCGUUAUCCUAAUUUCGACGAUCGCCUGCACUUAUCGCGUAACGGAAACGUAUCGUUCCUAAAAUAAUGAAAUCUUUAACGAACGAAAGGAUUUAUCGAGUUGCGAUUUGACAAUUCGCUCUCGUUAACGAGGAUAUGUCGAGUGCCGAACAAACGAACGUGCAGUUUAUGAAUUCACGCAAACGAAAGGCAUAAAUACAGGCAUGAAUACAGGCGUGAGAUUCGCGCGAGUGUUGUGAUUCGCGCGAAAAUUGCGAAAUAUCGACGGACACGAUAAUUUCCUACUGUUCGAUAAAUCUCAUGUGAUUUACUCGAAAGGAAACGCGAAACGCUAUUAAUCUUACAUGACCCACGAGUUCAUUUCGGUGUCGAGUAAUAAUCUUACGCAGUGUACUGUGCUUUUUCCUUUUAAACGCUUUUAAACAUUCACCACCAAAUGUCAAAGAACAAACUCAACUUGACAUUACCACCUGGCUCGAUAGAACCAAUACCAUCGCCGUCACCGUCACCGCCAGUUUCGUCUUUACCCACGUAUCCGGAAUCGUCGGAGAUGUCCGAUGGCAUAAGAGGUACAAUGAGCAUAGAUGCUAUCCAAGAGAGAUUGGAGGAUUUGGAAAUGGAUGAGGAACAAAAGAAAAGAUUAGAGAGCUUCUUGGGACAGAAAGAAAAAGUUGGAGAAUUGUGUGACGAGGAUUUUGAAAAAUUGGGUGAAUUGGGUUCGGGUAAUGGUGGCGUUGUUGUGAAAGUCAAGCAUAAAAAGUAUGGUCUUAUAAUGGCGAUGAAGCAAAUACGCUUGGAAAUGAAGCCACCGGUUAAGAAGCAAAUAAUUAGAGAAUUGAAAGUCCUUCAUGAAUGUAACUUUGCCCAUAUAGUUGGAUUUUAUGGCGCUUUCUGCAGCGAGGGAGAAAUUUGUAUAUGUAUGGAAUAUAUGGAUGGUGGAUCGUUGGACCUAAUAAUGAAAAAAGCAGGGCGAAUACCGGAAGCCAUGAUAAGUACGAUUACAUGUGCUGUUUUGAAGGUUUAAGUUACCUGCGAAGAUAAACACGCUAUAAUGCAUCGGGACGUAAAACCGAGCAAUAUCUUGGUCAACAGUGCGGGAGAAAUCAAAAUCUGCGACUUUGGCGUUUCCGGACAAUUGAUCGAUUCGAUGGCCAAUUCGUUCGUCGGUACGCGAAGUUACAUGUCGCCAGAAAGACUCCAGGGAACGCAUUACUCAGUGCAGAGUGACAUUUGGUCGCUUGGAGUAUCGCUAGUGGAAAUGGCAAUUGGUAUGUAUCCUAUACCUCCACCGGAUGAUAAGCUCUUAGCUAUCAUAUUCGGUCCGGAAUGGGUGAAACACGAAGGAGGAGAUUCAACGACGGACAGCGAGCCUACGCCGAUUCCGCGACUACGUUCAACGGGACGUUACACGCACAAUCCCAAACCUCUGGCGGUAUUCGAGCUGCUGGAAAUAAUAGUCAAUGAACCACCGCCGAGACUGCCGGCCGGAUUAUUCAGCCAAGCUUUCAUAGAUUUCGUCGAUCGAUGUUUAAAGAGAAAUCCAAAUGAAAGGGCAGAUUUGAAAACAUUAAUGAAUCACGAGUGGAUAAAGAAAGCUGAAUUGGAGAACGUAGACCUCGCUGGUUGGGUAUGCCGCACAAUGAAUUUGCAACCAUCGACGCCAACGCGUUUAGCGACGGUGCAAUCCUGAAUAAAUGUCACUCUUACAUACUUGACUACGUAUAUUCGCGUUCAGUACUCUUAGAUUAUUCUUUGAUUCAUUUAGGUUUUCAUUCGGCUAAACGGUGGCGUAUAUCUUUUGUGUUUUCUUCUUGUUUCUCUCGCGGAAUCUUUUUACAAAAUUGAAACGCCUACAUUUUUGAUAAGUACGCCAGAUCCGUUGAAUGAACACCGUAUCCUUAUUCAUUGUUGAAUAUAACGCGCGAAUAACUAUAAGGAUUUACUUACGAAAGUGCUCGUAGAAGAUCCGAUUGAUGUCACGUUGUCGCGCAUCUUGGCCAUUCUCUCUUGAUUUUACAAAGAGAACCUACUAUAUAUAAUAAUCUAAAGUGUCACCAUGAUGUAUCAGGUGAAAUCUGUUCAUUGAUUUUUGCGGAUCAGAUGAGACGUGUUUCACUCGGACUUUACUUGUUCGAGUGAUUUGCACACAGCACGCCACUGUGCCAAAUAUUAAUUUCAUAAGAUUCACUUUACGUGUUCGUCUUAUGCUUUUGUUGAAAGUAUGUAAGAUGACGAAUUGCAAUAUAAUAAGUUUAUUAUUAGAAACUCAUGGGCAAAUUGUGUUCCCCGUGAUAUAUUAGGAUGCGCGAAUGAGCAUUAAACUUACGAAUGUCGUUUGAGAAAAU